AUGACGACUGCACUGGGAAUAAUUUUAGAUGUAGGCUUUCAUAUGACACCGAUCAUAGAUGAGGCUGUCAAAUGUGUAAAAUUACUGUUAGAAAAAAAGUUUUUUGCGGAAUCUAAAGAUCAAGUUGCAUUUAUUCUUUGUGGUUCCGACGCUACAGACAAUGCCCUAGCGGACGAUGAGGGAAACUUCCAAAACAUCUCAGUGAUUUUCAGUCUGAACCCUAUGAGCUGGAGUUUGCUGGAGCUUUUGACACCAAAUUUAUUAUCAUCGUCAACAGCAGAUGGUAUACUUCGUUUAAGUUUAAUUUUUGCGGACAGUUGUUGA